UGUGCACAGAGUCGAGAGAGUCGCGAGAUAUAUUGACGUAAACAUGGCGGUUGCUAGAUGUGUAAAGAAAUUAUACGGUGUCGGGUUUAAUGCAAUUCGUCAAAAUGCUGCUUUAAAGGCCACAACGGUCCUCCAGCAAAGGACAUUCCGGCUCAAUGCAGCUCUAUUCGAUCAGUCCUUUGAUCCUUCAGCAGAUAAGCCUCAGUUUCCUGGGGCCUCAGCUGAGUUUAUUGAUCAUCUUGAGUUUAUCCAGCCCAAUGUGAUCUCGGGAAUCCCUAUCUAUAGAGUGAUGGACAGACAAGGCCAGAUCAUUAACCCUUCCGAGGAUCCUCAGCUUCCCAAGGAGACGGUUUUAAAUUUCUAUCAAAAGAUGACUCUUCUCAACACAAUGGACCGGAUUCUUUACGAGUCUCAGAGGCAGGGCCGUAUUUCAUUCUACAUGACCAAUUAUGGUGAGGAGGGCACACACAUUGGCAGCGCUGCGGCACUUGACCCGAAGGAUUUGGUGUUUGGCCAAUAUCGAGAAGCUGGUGUAUUGAUGUACAGGGGGUUUCCUCUGGAUCUGUUCAUGGCACAGUGCUAUGCCAACGCUGAUGACCUGCACAAGGGCCGGCAGAUGCCUGUUCACUAUGGCAGCAAAGAUCUAAAUUUUGUCUCCAUCUCUUCACCACUGGCCACUCAACUCCCACAAGCGGCCGGGGCAGCAUACGCAUUGAAGAGGGAGAACUUAAACCGAAUUGUGAUCUGUUACUUCGGAGAGGGGGCAGCCAGUGAGGGAGACGCUCACGCCGGAUUUAAUUUCUCAGCCACCCUUGAGUGUCCGCUCAUUUUCUUCUGCCGCAACAAUGGUUACGCCAUCUCCACACCCACCCACGAGCAGUACAGAGGGGAUGGAAUCGCUGCUCGAGGUCCAGGAUAUGGACUCAUGUCGAUCCGUGUGGAUGGUAAUGAUGUUUUUGCUGUGUACAAUGCCACGAAGGAGGCGCGACGUCGAGCAGUGGCUGAAAACCAGCCUUUUCUUAUUGAAGCCAUGACUUACAGGAUCGGACAUCACAGCACCAGCGAUGACAGCUCUGCCUACCGCUCGGUUGAUGAGGUGAGCUAUUGGGAUAAGCAGGACCACCCCAUCUCGCGCCUGAGACACCACAUGACAGCCAAAGGCUGGUGGGGGGAGGACGAAGAGCGGGCAUGGAGGAAACAAUCCCGCAAACUCGUCAUGGAGGCCUUUGAGAAAGCUGAGAAACGGCUGAAACCCAACCCCAACCUGCUCUUCACCGACGUCUACAGCGAGAUGACCCCUAAUUUAAACAAGCAGAAGGAAGCCAUGUGGAGACACUUGCAGCAGUAUAAAGAGCAUUACCCACUUGAUCUCUAUGAGAAAUAAUCCCUGGGUUUUCAAAAGGUCAAUGGACACAUCUGGGAAGUGUCUCCACGUGUGAAUUUUUUUGUUUAGUUUCAGAAAUUUGGGUUGGGUUAGAAAGCACAGACACAGAUGGAUGUAUCUGUUUUUCAUGUUCUCCUUCAUGUUUCCAGCUAGAGACCUCUCCACUUUUAUUUUGUGCCUUGAGAUGCAAAUAAGUGUGAAAAUCAGUAGAAGAUCCUAUGCACAGGUACAGUAUAACUGUAUUGACAGUGUUAUUAAAAUGGUUGUCACAUAUUCUCUUUUUGAUUUAUAUCAGGGUAACAUUCAUUCCUGUGCAAUCUUUCAUUAAUCUCAUGUCAUACUGUGAAGACGUUUAUUACUUUUUUAGUGUAUUUGAAAUGUGGUUCUUCAAAACACUGUAUAACACUAGCAUUCAUUUCUCAGUUUUCCACAAGUAAUAUACGAAUUCUCAAAAGUGAUGUGAUUUGACAAAUGGUUUUGAAAUAUCAAUUUCUUUAUGUAGAUCAGAAAUUCCACUCCAGAUUAAGCUUUUAAACUAUAUGCAUAAUGUUGGACUGACCUGGGGUUAAAAAUGUUUGUUGUCCUGUCGCAGUGAUUUUCCUCCUCUAGAUGAUAUUGAAAAACUGUAGGUAUAAUUCUUUGGUAAUAACGAACAAACUGUUACUGUGUGAGACUCACUCAACUGUUACGUGACAUUACGAUUGCUGUGUUUGAGACUCAUUCUUUAGGGGUUUGUAAAUGGUAUUUUAAACAAUAAAAAUGCUCAUUAAAUGUAA